UGAGUGAUUCUAAUUUUUCAGAGGAUUUACUUCCAAAUCUUAAAUUUUCAUCCUUUUUCAUUCAGUUGUAAACUAAGUUAAGUUGUGAGUUAUCACUAAUAUCAGUUGGUCCUUGUCAUUGAACGUGAUGGAAUCGGAUGUAUUUGACCCUGCUCCAGUUUUCGAAGCCUCAUCCAUUCGGAAGUGAGCAUCACUCAUUCACGGGUUUAUCUGUGGCGCUUCUCAUUUUCUCCGGCUGUCGACUUGAAUGAAAGAAAGCUGUUGUAGAUUUCGGUUGUUGAUGGAGAUAGCAAUCGCGCAAUUACUAAGCGGUCCUUUGGAGAUGUCGAAGCAGGGUCGCAAAAUGCCAACCGGUAUAUUCACCCUAAGUUUGGAGGCCGGCGUCCUAGCGAAUAUAUUAGGAGGAUGAUCGACAUGCGGCCGAGCGUUAACGUUCCGCCUGCUAUAAAACUAGUCGUCAGCCACCGCGUAGUUUUAGUCUGGGUCGGCAUCGGCUGCUGUCAACAACAUUUGCCGUCAAUCCGUUGUCUGUGAAUCAUGUCUCAGGUCUCCUUCUCCUGCCGUGUGCUGUGAAAGACGUCACUUUCGCACUUUCGUCUUGGACUAGUUGUUCUCCUUGUUCGUCCUGUGACUGUGUCCAGUGUUGGGAUAUCGGUGCUCCAAUUGUGUCGUGUCCGUCUUAUUCUCCACUCACAAUGGCUGCUACUAAUUCGCUGGAGCCCUUGCCUAAAACACAAGAUAACUGUUGCAUGAAGCAAAGAUAUGUGUUGGGCAUAAUGGGUUUCCUCGCCCUCGCCAAUGGUUACAUCCAAAGGUUUUGUCUGAGUUUGGCCAUCACAGAGAUGGUCAACGUUCAUCAUAAAGGCAAGAUAGACCCAAACUCUUGUCCCUAUGAUAAUGCAGAGACCAGUGCCAAUUUCACCAAGAAAUACCUUUCGUCAGCUGAGUUCGACUGGGAAGAGCAGACACAAGGAAUGAUUCUGAGCGCGUUCUUCUGGGGCUAUGUGCUGACUCAGCUGCCUGGCGGUCUUCUGGCUGAGAGGGUGGGGGGGAAGCAGGUCCUUGGCCUCGGCCUGCUCAUCUCCACCAUUUGCACCCUCAUCACGCCACUCGCCGCUCACCAAGGUGCCUCCUACCUCAUUGUCACCAGAUUCAUUCUCGGACUUGGCCAGGGGCCUUUGUAUCCUUCUCUCAAUGUAAUGCUCGCUCAAUGGGCUCCUGUGCAAGAGAGAGGAAGACUAGGAGCACUUGUUUUUGCAGGUGCUCAAAUUGGCAACGUGAUAUCAAUGGCAGUCGGCGGACUGCUGAUUCGAUACAUGGGUGGCUGGACGAGUGUGUUCUACGUAUUCGGCACAUCUGGUCUCAUCUGGUUCUUUUUGUGGCAGUUUUUGUGCUACAGCGACCCCUCGUCCCAUCCAUUCAUAUCGCAGUCGGAAAAAGAAUUCCUCCUGUCGAAAUCUGUUGGACAGUUGAAGAAACGAGCGGAGCUGCCUCCAACACCAUGGAGAAGUAUUAUGACGUCAGUGCCACUGUGGGGCCUGAUCAUCGCUCAGAUUGGCCACGACUGGGGUCUCUUCACCAUCAUCACUGAUCUCCCCAAAUACAUGAAGAGUGUUAUGCAUUUCUCAAUCGCUCAGAAUGGAUUCCUGUCGGCAGCACCUUAUAUGGUGAUGUGGAUCGCUGCCAUCACGUCUGGAUGGAUUGUCGACUGGUUGAUCAACGUCAAACAGUACCCUGUAACCUGUGUCAGGAAAACUUUCAUUACCAUAGCGUCAGUGGGCCCGGCGUUUGGCAUUCUGGCAGCCACUUACGCCGGCUGCGACAAAGUGCUGGUGGCGACAUUCUUCACGGUCGGCAUGGGUCUGAUGGGCGCCUUUGUGCCCAGCCUCAAGGUCAAUGCCCUCGAUCUGAGUCCCAACUAUGCGGGCACCACUCUGGCCCUGGUAGGCGGCAUCGGAGCCAUCUCAGGCAUCAUCACACCAUACCUUGUUGGAGUCCUCACGCCAAAUAGUACAUUGCUGGAAUGGAGACUCGUGUUCUGGAUAGCAGUUAUAGUUCUAGUGGCGACCAACUUGGUCUACCUGUUCACUGGAUCCGGUGAAGUGCAGCCUUGGAACAACCCCCUCGAAAUGGAAGAAUCCAACGCAAAGAAAAGGACAUGCAGUGAUUCACAAACUAAAGAUGAUGUGUCUAAAAUGAAGUCGAGGAUGUGAUAUUUUUCUACCUAGGUUUAAGAUUAUUUAUCAGAUAGGUUUAAUUCUAGUCUCAAAUAUUUGUAAAACUAUUUUUUAAGAGAAUAUACCAAAUAGCUUUUUGUAA